AUGCAAAAGGCAAUGAAAAGCGCAGAAUAUAUAAAAGCUAACAAUGACUGGUUAGAUGCCCAAGCCAACGCUAAAGCAGCCCAACUCAUAGGGUCAAUAAGGACAAAAAUACAAGCGGAUGAAGACAGUUCAAAUGAAGCUUUAACAAAUGCUGACUUUAAGAACGCCUUCGAAGCUCUUCAUAGUAAGGUGAAACAAGUGAACGACUUCUCAUCUGGAAAGAAACUGAAGUCUGAAGGUUUCGACAAAGAGUUAAGAGAAGUAGCACAAAAUAUGACGAAAAUAACAGAUGCAGCAACGAGACAGGCAGUUCAAAGUGCCUAUGACGCCGUUAGAGCAACUGUUGUGAAAAGUCAAGAAAAAGAGUUACAACAGACCAAAACAGACCUAGUAAAUGCUUUCUUAAGAACGAAAAGUCAGGUAGGACAUUACGCUGCAGAUGGAACAUAUGUGCCAGCUGGUGGAACUUAUAUACCACCAAACCCUCCAAGAGAAGCACCUGCACCAGGACUACCUAAAACAUUUACAUCGUCACAUGGACACAGACACAGGCAUGCACCAAAACCAACACAACAACCAGCACAACAACCAACAGUUCAAAACCCUGCACAACAACCACCUCCACAACCAGCACAACAACCAGCACCACAACCAACAGUUCAAAACCCUGCACAACAACAACCACAAACAGAGCAAGGACAUAAAAGAAGUAGAGAACAAGGAAACCAAGAAUUCUUAAAAAUGCUUAAAGAAGAGUGUGGUUUCCCAGAUACUGUUGACUUUAGUGACAGAUAUAAAGAAGCUAUUAGAAAGUUCAAGGAUGGAAAUACUGACCCGAACCUAUUUAGCUUUAUGGCUCAGCACCAAAACGGAUAUAAUCUCAAACCUGGAAAAUACAAGCUCGCUAAGGGAUAUGAUUUAAUAGCAUAUCAUCCAAAUGACAUGGAUGAAUUUACUCCGAGAUAUUUGA